AGCUUGUCUAGCUAGUCCAUGGCCACUCAAAGUCCCCAUGUUCUCGUUGUGGAUCAUUCCCGUGUUGAUUGCCUUGUUGCAUCGAUUGUCCUCAAUAGUUUCAACAUUCGAGUAACUGUUGCGGGAGGUGCCAUGGAAGCAUUGGAAUUCUUAGAUGCGAACAACAGUCAUGUGGACCUUAUUUUGACUGACUACUGCAUGCCUGAUAUGACUGGCUAUGAUUUGCUUAGGGAAGUGAAGGAAUCGCCAAGACUAAAGCACAUUCCAGUGGUGAUUACAUGCACUGAUGUCAUACCAGAAAGAAUCAUUGAGUGCUUUGAAGGAGGAGCAGAGGAAUACAUGAUAAAGCCUCUCAAGGUUUCUGACGUGCCUCGUAUUCUUAGCUACAUGUGAUGCACUUGAGGGAGAAAACGAAUAAAAAGGAAAUGCAAGCAUAAACAGUCUUUGGGUUAUAGUUCUCUAUCAAUCAUGCUUAAGUGUGACCAUAUAUGGUCUUUUUAUUAUGUCACCUGUUGUUUUGAAUAAUUUGUAGCCAAUGCAAGCCUAAUCAGUAUUUGGCUUAUAGUUCUCUAUCAAUCAUGCUUAUGUGUGGCCAUCUAUGGUACUUUUAAUGUCAUCCAUUAUUUUUUU